UCGGGGGAGCCCCACGUGCAGCUCUCCGUCUGGCACGCUCCGGAUCAAACAAGGCCGAGCUUCAAAGACGCCGUCUCGCACCAGUUCCAGAGGACAACCGUGGGCCAGUGGUUCGGUCCCUCAUGGACCACCCACUGGUUCAAGGUCGUCCUGAAGGUCCCGGUAGAACUUCGCCACAAGAGGCUCCUCGAGCUUCACUGGGACGCCAACAAUGAAGGGAUGGUGUGGACGGAGCAUGGCCAUCCGCUCCAGGGCUUGACCGGUGGCGGUGAGCGUGUGGAAUGGAUCCUUCCAGACUCGUUCCGCGAUGGAGAGGAACACACCAUUUACAUCGAGAUGGCCUGCAACGGCAUGUUUGGCAACGCCCCCGGCGGCGACUCCAUCCAGCCGCCAGACCCCAACAAAUACUUCCGGCUCGACCGAGCCGAGAUCGUGGCCGUCGAUCCGGACGCUCGCCAGCUCUACAUCGACAUCUGGAUCAUUGGCGACGCGGCAAGGGAGUUUCCGGAGGAUUCCUGGGAGCAACACAAGGCGCUCAAGGUUUGCAACGAGAUCAUCGAGACCUUUGAGCUCGGCAACCGGGAGUCGCUCAAGGCGUGCCGCAAGAUCGCCGAGGACUACAUCGGUUCCAACGUGAACUCGGCCAGGGUGUACGAGAGCGGAAAGGAGCCCGUCGUGUACGGCAUCGGACACUGCCACAUCGACAGUUGCUGGCUCUGGCCGUUUGCUGAAACCAAGCGCAAGGUGGCUAGGUCGUGGUCCAGCCAGUGCGACCUGAUGGACAGGUAUCCCGAGCUCAACUUUGCCUGCUCACAAGCCCAGCAGUACAAGUGGCUCAAGCAGCUGUACCCAUCCGUCUUUGACCGCGUCAAGAAGAAGGUCGUUGAAGGCAGGUUCCAUCCCAUCGGAGGCAGCUGGGUGGAACACGACACCAACAUGCCGAGCGGCGAAUCGCUGGUCCGGCAGUUCCUUUAUGGGCAGCGCUUCUUCGAGAGCAACUUCGGGAAGCGCUGCCAGACAUUCUGGCUGCCCGACACCUUCGGCUACUCGAGCCAGCUGCCGCAGCUCUGCCGGCUCGCCGGCAUGACGAGGUUCCUGACGCAGAAGCUCAGCUGGAACAACAUCAACCGCUUCCCCCACACGACCUUCAACUGGGUCGCCCUGGACGGAAGCCAGGUCAUCUGCCACAUGCCGCCGGCCGAGACGUACACGGCCGAGGCCCACUUCGGCGACGUCAAGCGGAGUAUGUCGCAGCACAAAUCGCUGGACCAAGACGCCACGUCGCUGCUCGUCUUCGGCAAGGGGGAUGGGGGCGGCGGCCCGACCUGGCAGCAGAUCGAGAAGCUGCGCCGGUGCCGCGGUAUCAGCGACACCGUCGGCCUGCUACCUCGCGUCCACAUGGGCAACUCGGUGGAUGAUUUCUUCGAUAGGCUCGAGCGCAAGGCCGACUCCUUCGUGACUUGGUAUGGCGAGCUGUACUUUGAGCUGCACCGUGGCACGUACACGACCCAGGCAAAGAACAAGCGUGACAACCGCAGGUCCGAGGCUGUGCUUCGCGACCUCGAGCUCCUGGCGACCAUCGCGUCUAUCAAGGAUAAGUCGUAUCUGUACCCGAAGAAGGACCUGGACGACAUGUGGGAGUCGGUGCUCCUGUGCCAGUUCCAUGACUGCCUUCCGGGCAGUUCCAUUGAAAUGGCCUACCGCGAGUCUGACGAGAUGUAUGCGGAAGUCUUCAAGACCGCCGAGAAGCUCUUCAAGGACAUCUCGAAGGUGCUUGGCGUCGCCCCAGUGCAGACCACGACCGUCGCAGACGGUGUGGCGCUGAACACGCUACCGUGGCACCGCAAGGAAGUGAUCGCUAUCUCCGAGACCGAAGCUGCCGUUGCUUGCGGACAUGGCCCACUGCUGACCCUGCGGACGCUCAAACUGAACAACGAGCCGCUUGUCAGUCUGAAACAGGCAUCGAAGGGCGUCUUUGUCCUUGAGAAUAGUCAACUCAGGGUCAAGGUGGAAGCCGGCGUAAUAACGUCGCUCUACGACAGGCUGGCCGAUCGCGAGGUCAUCCCCAAGGGGCGCAAGGCCAACCAGUAUGUCAUCUUCGACGACAAGCCCCUGUACUGGCAAGCCUGGGACGUCGAGGUUUACCACCUCGAGACCCGCAAAGAGCUUCCCUCCGGCGAGACCAAGGUCCACGAAGAGAAGACGCACCGUGUGAGCGUCGUCACCCACACCAGGAUCAGCGACAAGUCGUCCAUCAAAACCGUCAUCAGCCUCGCGGCGUCCAUCAAGGGCCAGCAAUCCUACGUCGAAGUCUCCAGCGAAGUCGAGUGGCAUGAGACCAUGAAGUUCCUCAAGGUCGAGUUCCCCGUCGACGUGCGCAACACCGAGGCCAGCUACGAGACGCAGUUCGGCAUCGUGCGGCGGCCGACGCACUACAACACGUCGUGGGACAUGGCCAAGUUCGAGGUCUGCUCGCACCGCUUCGCCGACCUGUCGGAGCACGACUACGGCGUCUCGGUGCUCAACGACUCCAAGUACGGCUUCGCCACCGCGGGGAACACGAUGCGCCUCUCGCUGCUGCGCUCCGCGAAAGCCCCCGACGCCCACGCCGACAUGGGCACGCACACAAUCCGCUGGGCCAUCCUCCCGCACCGCGGCGCUUUAUCGCAUGUCACGGUCCGCAAGGCGUUCGAGUUCAACAACCCGCUCAAACUGCUCUCCAAAAAGCCCACGACGCAGGAGAGCGGGGGAAGAAGAACAGGAAGAAGCAACAACAACAACAACAUCCCAGACCCCUUCCUCCUCCUCCCCCUCUCGGAAGAGAGGCCGCCUGUGUAUCUGACCGAGGACUCGAGCCCGGCUCUGAUCCUCGACACGGUCAAGCGCGGCGAGGACGACGAGGACGUCUCGCGCGGCGAGCUGCCCGCCAAGCCGGGGCGCAGCGUCAUCCUGCGCAUCUAUGACAGCUUGGGGGGCCGGGCGCGCGGCUACGUGGCGACGACGUGGCAUGUGGCGCGGGUGUGCAAGGUCAAUCUGCUUGAGGACGAGCUGGAGGAAGUGCAAGACGAAGUUGUUGUGUUGGAGGAGGAGGGUGGUGGCAGAAGUACUAGUAGUAGGUUCGCCGUGGACCUGAGACCGUUCGAGGUGGCCACGUUCAAGCUGCAGUUGGCUUCUGAAGCCUAGGGGCCGUCGUCGCCAGGGUAUCUGGUCCUACCUACCUCCAGCUUUGAGUGGACGUUUCUGGACAAGGCGUAGUUUCUGUAACGUACUAGUAAGGUAGGUAGAUAUCUUCCUUAAGUGGGUGGGUGUAACUGUGUAGAAGUUUUGUUUCAUGGGGAGACGUCAGGGAUAACGACGAACGGAUAAGGGAACUAGGGAUAGGAACGAGGAGUACUAGUUACUAUGCCGAGUAAUGAGCAAAAGAAAAAACCGAAUCAUGAAUGAAUGCUUUUUGCAGGGGGCCUUGCCAUGGUUGCGGAAUAGUAUAGUAAAUA